AUGCGUCUCGAACUACCCUCUUCCAACGGACCAGCGCCGGAGAGAGACUCCAAGAUGGCCUCGCGUGCCUCGAGGAACCUCCCCUUUGGUCAAGCGCCGUCCCUGUCCUCGAUCGCUGGCCCUACCUAUGUGACUGCCCAGAUUCUCGUCCAGCAGGUCGCCUAUGCUCUGUCCGACAAGAUCUUCUCCUAUUCCCCGGAGACAUUUGAUCUCGACAUCGCCGCAAAAUCCUGGACACAGGCACAAGAGGCGAAUAUCAAUGGAUACACCACUGGGGUACAACCUAUGCAGAUUCGAAACGGAGCAGGAUCAAUUGCUCUAGGUUACAUGUUCUCCAAGGACUUCGAUUUGAAGAAGAGGCAUAUCCCACAAGGUCUUCUGGCUCCAACGUCGGCGCUGAAGUUCUUGCGACCCGUUCUAGACCAGCUGUCCCUGCUCUAUUCCGUCAGCAACCCAUUCGUGGCUCAUGUGGCGGCACUCGACUACGAAGGCGACAAGAACGGAGGUCUGGUUUCAGAUUACGUCUCUGCUCUGUCCGCUGCCGAAGAUCUAGGUCUAGCUUUGGUUGCUAGCCAAUCCGCAUACGAGACACAGCAUAUGUCGCUGCUUGCCACUCUGCUUGCUCACGAUCUGCCCACGCUACAUGUCUACGAUGGCCUGAGGAUCGGGAGGGAAACCACAAGGGUCAUUGACAUCCUAGACAAGUCAGGGUUGGGCAGCGCAUACAGCUCGAUCCUGUCCUCCAUCGCGGAUGAGGACAGGAAGAAUUUGAACACCGAGGGUAGAGCAUUGAGAACUCUCCGGGCCCUCAACGAUGAACUUGGAACGGACUACAGACCAUUCGAGUAUUUCGGUCACGAACAACCCGAGGUCGUCCUGGUUGCCUUCGGCUCGGUUGAGACUUCGCUAGCUGCGCAGGCGGCGUCGGUGCUGGCCCAAACCGGUAGCAGGGUUGGAGCCAUCAAUGUUCGACUCUAUCGACCGUUCGCAGAGGAACAGUUUUUGAAGCUCAUUCCCAAGGGCGUCAGAGUGAUUGGUGUCCUCGGUCAGGUCGUUGACUCGCAGGCUGUGCAGGAGGCCGGUGUCCACUCCCAGCUUUAUGAGGAUGUGCUUGCUGCUGUCUCGUAUGGAAUGCCAAGUCAUGGCCACCCGGAAGUGCAGGAGCUGAAAUAUGCCCGGGCUGAACGAUGGACACCGUCGUCCAUCUCGUCGCUCUUCCAGAUGCUCCUGGGCAAGGCUGCUGACGACCAGGGCAUUACUACAUUUUUGGACAACUCUGUGCAACGGUACACUUUCUGGAACAUUGAUGACGCACCAUCUGCAUCUGCAGCCACCUACCUAGCGGAAGCUUUAGCUACGGAAUCGGCGCAGAACGUCACGGUGAAUACCACCCACGACAACUCUAUACAGGGAGGUAUCCACCGAGUCGAUAUUCGAAAAUCUCCCAGAAGCCUGGAUGCUGCAUAUCCCAUCACUUACGCCAAUACCGCUGUGGUUACAGAUGUCAAGCUGUUGGAGCAAAUCAAUGUGGUUCGAUCUGUUCAACAAGGGGGCAGCAUCAUUGUCCUAUUACCAGGUGUCAAAGACGAAGACGUGGAGAAGAAACUCCCUGCAGUAUUCAAGAAAUCGAUCGCUGAGAAGGGCAUCCACUUAUAUCUGAUCAAUUCAAACAACACUGCUCUCUCCACCGAAAACCCCGAGCUUGAAUCGCUGAUACUUCAAGUCGCCUUUCUCCGGGUCGCGUUGCGAAAUUCCGAAGAGACCGGUCUGCAGAAGCUUGCAACGAUCAACAACGAUCUCGAGACGCUCAAACAAGUGGCGGCUGACCUCGAGAAGACCCUGCGCCAGAUCGAGGUGCCCAAGGAAUGGGCCGAACUGGAAGAGGCAAAAUCAGCUUUACCCACCAACAUCUCGCCCAACAGCCUCACCUCGUUCGACAAGACCGAAGAGGAGCCACCGUCUCUCCUUCGUAGCUGGCAAAAGGCAGCCAAAGGCCUCCUCUUCAAGGAAGCUUACAAUGCUUCAAGCGUGCUUCGACCCGACCUGCCCGUCAAGACAUACACGGUCCACGUCAAAGAAAACCGUCGCCUGACACCCCUGACGUACGACCGGAACAUUUUCCACAUUGAAUUCGACCUCGGCAGCUCGGGCCUCAAGUACGACAUUGGCGAGGCGCUCGGCAUCCACGCCGAGAACGACCACGAUCAGGUCAUGGAGUUCAUCAAAUGGUACGGUCUCAACGCCGAGGAUGUCGUGGAGGUCGCCUCGCGCGACGACCCCAACGUGUUUGAGAACCGCACCAUCUACCAAGCGCUGAUGCAAAACAUCGACAUCUUCGGCCGUCCACCGAAAAAAUUCUACGAAGCGCUGGCCGACUUCGCCGACGACGAGACCGAGAAGAAGAACCUGUUGACGCUGGCCGGGCCGGAGGGGUACAAGGAGUUCCAGCGCCGCGCCGAGGUCGACACGGUCACGUUCGCGGACGUGCUGCUCGAGUUUCCCUCGGCGCACCCGUCGUUCCACGACGUGGCGCGCAUCGUCUCGCCGAUGAAGCGCCGCGAGUACUCGAUCGCGUCGUGCCAGGCCGUGACGCCCACCUCGGUCGCGCUCAUGGUCGUGGUGGUGAACUGGACCGACCCCAAGGGCCGCGACCGCUUCGGCCAAGCGACCAAAUAUCUCUCAGCCCUGAAAGUCGGCGCCGCCGUGACCGUCAGCGUCAAGCCCAGCGUCAUGAAGCUGCCGCCAAAAUCGACCCAGCCGAUCAUCAUGGCCGGUCUGGGCACGGGUCUGGCCCCCUUCCGGGCCUUCGUCCAGCACCGCGCCAUGGAGAAGGCGCAGGGCAAGGAAAUCGGCUCCGUCUUGUUAUACAUGGGCUCCCGCCACCAGCGCGAAGAGUACUGCUACGGCGAGGAGUGGGAGGCGUACCAGGCCGCGGGCGUCAUCACUUUACUCGGCCGGGCCUUCAGCCGCGACCAGCCCCACAAGAUCUACAUCCAGGACCGCAUGAGGCAGACUUUGGACGACAUCGUCAAGGCCUACAUCAAAGAAGACGGCGCAUUCUACCUGUGUGGCCCAACCUGGCCUGUCCCCGAUGUCACCAACGUGCUCGAGGAGGCCAUCGCAAAGGACGCAAAGGCAAAUGGAGUUAAGAAGAUCGAUACUGCCAGGGAGAUUAUGAAGUUGAAGGACGAGGGGAGGUAUGUGCUUGAGGUGUAUUAA